GGGUUCCUCUGCGACCUCCUGAAGAAGGCCAACCGACCGUUCGAUGAGAAGAAGCUGCAGGAGUACACGCAGACCAUUCUGCGAAUGUUCGACCUGAAUGGCGAUGGGAAGCUCUGCUUGUCGGAAAUGUCCAGGCUCCUUCCUGUGCAGGAGAACUUUCUACUGAAGUUUGAGGGAAUGAAGCUGAGCUGUGACGAGUUUAAUGCAAUCUUCAGCUUCUAUGACAAGGAUCGCAACGGCUACAUUGAUGAGAAUGAAUUGGACGCUUUACUGAAAGACUUCUUUGAGAAAAGUAAAAAGAAUGUGGAUAUUCAGAGCCUGACGGGAUACCGGAAGAGCAUGAUGUCGCUGUGUGACGCGGGACGCCUCUACCGCAAGGAGCUGGAGCUCGUACUCUGCAACGACUCCUCCCCCUUCAAGUAACCCAGGGGCCCCAACUCUACUCAACACACUGCACUGAGACCCUCUUCCCUGCCCCCCACCCCACCACUGCCCGGAGACCGGGGAGAGAGACUACAACCCCCGCCA